CACUUGAUGGCAAUUUGUCCCUGAAAUUAAGAUCAUCACCAGCAUCAAGUUAUAUUAAAAGCUAUGCUGAAUUAUUUAUUGAUUUUAUGGCAAGAGAGGCACAAGUCUAUUCUUUUGAUGAUCCAUUAAGCUUUUACAGACUAUAUUCGCCUGUAGAAAAUUCAAGUUAUGAAAACGAAUUGAGAAAAAUAGCAAAAAAUCUUUUAUCAAUUUGUGUUUCAUUGGGUGAAAAUCCAUUGAUCAGAUAUCAGAAACAAUCUGAUAUUGAUUAUCCAACAAAAUCUUUAUCUUAUAAAUUAGCUGUGUUAUUGCAAGCUGAAUUAGAUCAAUAUGCUAAAUCUAAUCCGAAUUUCCCU